CCUCGCCGCCCGGUUCCUCGCCGGGCCAGCGAGCGGCCGGGAGGCGGCGGGGGCAGCGCGGCUGGCGGGGAGGCCGCACAGCAAAAUACAGAAACUCUUCAGCACAAGCAGCGUGCUUUCUACUGAGAAAGAUGAAUCUACUCCUUCCAAAGACAGCACCACUAAAGCGGCAUCAAAGAGUCAGGGCAGCACGGCAGAAACACCGAAGCAGAAGUUGAUAGACAUUAUUGGUGAUAUGAAAGUAGAAGUGAGCUACAGGAAGAAACUCCAACAGUUAAAAGCACAUGAGAACAAAAAGCAAGCCACAAACAAGCUGGCAGGCCCAGACAGUGAAGGUACUAUGCUUCAGAAAGCUAAAGAAGACAUCCAGCGAGGCAAACCUUUAAAUCCGGAGCUGGUGGAGGCUGCUUCUUCGGUUGCGGCUUCCCUGCCACUCAACAAGAAACAGACAGAAUCAGAACUACUUGCACAACUGAGACGACAUGAAGAAACCACAGAUAAACAGAAAAAGGGGGGAACUAUUAACAUACGCAACGUUAUUUCAGAAAUGUCAGUCAAAAGGCAGUCCCCAGCUGAGAGAGGUGUGAGGAUAUCCAGUCGCAUUUCCUGGGAGUCGGAUGAGGAUGGUCAAAGGAUCAGGCCUGGAAGAGUCUCACCUCAGUCUUUUGAGUCCAGAAGAAGUCUCAAAGUGGGAAAGAGGCUUAAUAUAUUCACUAAGGCUUCUACAGAAACAGAAAAAGCACUGAAAACAGUGUCUUCUCCAACAAUUUGGGAUCUGGAAUUCGCGAAGGAGAUUGCAGCAGUAACUGCGCAGCCUCCCCGAAACGGUUUUGAGGAGAUGAUCCAGUGGACAAAAGAAGGAAUACUGUGGGAGUUCCCAAUUGACAAUGAAGCUGGGAUGGAGGAUGAUGCUGAAUUUCAUGAACAUAUCUUUCUGGAGAAACACCUCAAAGACUUUCCCAAGCAAGGACCUAUUCGCCACUUCAUGGAACUAGUCAUCUGUGGGCUUUCAAAAAACCCAUAUCUCAGCAUUAAGCAGAAGAUUGAACACAUUGAGUGGUUUCAGAAGUAUUUUGAGGAAAAGAAGGAACUUCUUCAAGAGAUUUGAAACUUGGGAAAGUGCUUAACUUUGAAAUGAAGAAUCAUCACAUCAAAAUAGAUGAUUUCUUAUCAUGGAAAUACUGUCAGCCCAUAGUAAUCAUGUGACCUGGAAGUUGUAUUUUUAAUAAUAAACUGAAAGAUCAUACUUUCA